AUGGAGCGCGCGCCGCCCGACGGGUUCCCCAACGCGUCGGUGGCGCUGGCGGGAGAGGCGGCGGCGGCGGGCGCGGCGCGCGGCUUCUCGGCCGCCUGGACCGCGGUGCUGGCCGCGCUCAUGGCGCUGCUGAUCGUGGCCACGGUGCUCGGCAACGCGCUGGUCAUGCUCGCCUUCGUGGCGGACUCGAGCCUCCGCACCCAGAACAACUUCUUUCUGCUCAACCUGGCCAUCUCCGACUUCCUCGUGGGUGCCUUCUGCAUCCCGCUGUACGUGCCCUACGUGCUGACGGGCCGCUGGACCUUCGGCCGGGGCCUGUGCAAGCUGUGGCUGGUGGUGGAUUACCUGCUGUGCACGUCCUCCGUCUUCAACAUCGUGCUCAUCAGCUACGACCGCUUCCUAUCCGUCACCCGCGCCGUCUCCUACCGGGCCCAGCAGGGUGACACCCGGAGGGCAGUUCAGAAGAUGGCGCUGGUCUGGGUGUUAGCCUUCCUGUUAUAUGGGCCGGCCAUCCUGAGCUGGGAGUACCUGUCCGGGGGCAGCUCCAUCCCCGAGGGCCACUGCUACGCCGAGUUCUUCUACAACUGGUACUUCCUCAUCACCGCCUCCACACUGGAGUUCUUCACGCCCUUCCUCAGCGUCACCUUCUUCAACCUCAGCAUCUACCUGAACAUCCAGAGACGCACCCGCCUCCGGCUGGACGGUGCCCGCGACGCGGGGCCCGAGCCCCCGCCCGAGGCCCAGCCCUCCACGCCUCCGCCGGCCCCGGGCUGCUGGGGCUGCUGGCCCAAGGGGCAGGGCGAAGCCGUGCCCCUGCACCGGUACGGGGCUGGCGAGGCCGGGCCUGGGCCCGAGCCCGGGGAUGCUGCGCUCGGGGGCGCCACGGCCUCGCCCACCUCCAGCUCUGGCAGCUCCUCCCGGGGCACCGAGAGGCCACGCUCGCUCAAAAGGGGCUCCAAGCCAUCGGCAUCCUCGGCGUCCCUGGAGAAGCGCAUGAAGAUGGUGUCCCAGAGUAUCACGCAGCGCUUCCGGCUUUCACGGGACAAGAAGGUGGCCAAGUCGCUGGCCAUCAUCGUGAGCAUCUUCGGGCUCUGCUGGGCCCCGUACACGCUGCUGAUGAUCAUCCGGGCGGCCUGCCACGGCCGCUGCAUCCCCGACUACUGGUACGAGACGUCCUUCUGGCUCCUGUGGGCCAACUCGGCGGUCAACCCCGUCCUCUACCCGCUGUGCCACCACAGCUUCCGCCGGGCCUUCACCAAGCUGCUCUGCCCCCAGAAGCUCAAGGUCCAACCCCACGGCUCCCUGGAGCAGUGCUGGAAGUGAGCCGGC